AUGUCGUCUCCUACAGAAGCCGAACAGAGGCAAGAGGAUGAUCUUGUGCCCUUGAAGAUUGGUGGUCCAACCUAUAAUAGAAAAUAUACGAAGGAGAAAUUGAAGUCCUUAACUGCAAAGAUCGAGAAAGAAACACCAAUAUACGAGGACUUCAAAAUCAGAAAUGAUCAGCCGAGCGUAAUAUUUCUUACGGAGGACCAUGAGACUGCUCUCCGAUACGCCAUCCACGCGCCGGCAGCAAUAGACGCUCUCCAUCAGCCAUGUAUACUGAUGUAUACUGAUGGUUCUGCCAAAGGACGUUUUGCUGGCUUUAGCGUUACACAUAAACGCUUCAGCAUGUCAGAUACGGAAACCAACAAUAACCAGUGGAUAGAUGCGGUAUAUGGCCUCCAUGGUGUUUCGGAGUCUCAAUUUGCAGAGACAUUGGCAGUAAAUAGGGCUUUAUGGAAUGCUUACUAUGAAAUACUACACUGGACCGAACAUAACCAAGGGGUAGUCCAUGACAAACACCAUAUUGCCCCGAGGGUAAUCAUAAUUAGCGACAACGCCGGGGCUAUCCAAUACUUUCAGAGAUGUUAUAAAAACAUCAAAGCCAAGUCAGGACUCGCAAACGAAUUCAAAGACAAAGCUCUCGACCCGCUCCAGCUGCUUUUACGAAUGGGUGGUAACAUUGAGCUGCGUUGGACUCCAGGCCACGUAGAUGUUGAAGGAAAUUGCCGAGCGGACCGCUUAGCGACGAUAGGAACCUAUUACGCACGCCGGAUCUCUGUCACAGAAAAGUUCGACGUCGAGAGAGCCAUACUUCCAUUCGUAGCAUUCUCUAAAACCGAAGGGCCCAGGAAAAUAAGCCCAUUCUUGAUUUCAUGUACUGGAAGCGAAAGGAGACAAGAUACAUUCUUCAAAGGCUACUACAAUUAG